CAAAACUUUGUCGCAAUCAUCUUGCAAGCUGUGAAAACUUUAAAACAUCUUAUAGUAAUGAAGAGGUCACUGAAAUUUUAUCUUGCGCUGUUUCUGAAGACAUAAAAAGGAAUAAAAAUCAUCAAGAUGGUAAUUUUCUUCUUCAUAUAGCAACACCAAUUAUUUUGGAAGAAUCUGACAACAGUGAUAUUAAUGAUAAUCAAGAAGUUAACAAAGAAAGUGAAACGUUAAAUAAAAAUUCUAACAACUACGAAAAUGAACCAAACACUAAAGAAGAUGAAGAAU